AUGAACGGCUACGGCUCCCCGUACCUCUACAUGGGCGGCCCGGUGUCGCAGCCGCCGCGGGCUCCGCUGCAGCGGACGCCCAAGUGCGCCCGGUGCCGCAACCACGGCGUGCUAUCCUGGCUGAAGGGCCACAAGCGCUACUGUCGCUUCAAGGACUGCACCUGCGAGAAGUGCAUCCUCAUCAUCGAGCGGCAGCGGGUGAUGGCUGCGCAGGUGGCGCUUCGCCGGCAGCAGGCCAACGAGAGCCUGGAGAGCCUCCUCCCGGACUCCCUGCGCACCCUCCCGGGGCCGCCGGGCAGCGCCGAGCCCCCCGCCCCGCCACCGGGGCCUCCGCCCUGCGCAGCUCCGCCGCGGGCUCCCGCCGAGCUGGCCGCUGCCGCUGCCCUGCGCUGGGCAGCCGAGCCGACCCCCGCGCUCCCGGGGCCGCUCCCUAAGGCAGACAUGAAUGAGGAGCGGCUGGGUGACGCCAGUGGAGCAGACAAUGCUGAGACCUACAGUGACAAAGAUGCAGACCAAAGGAGUUCCCCAGACAUGACUAAAACCAAAAGUUGCUUCACCCCUGAAAGCCCUGAAAUAGUUUCAGUGGAUGAGGUUGGUUACGCAGUUCAGAAAAACAGUGGGAGCACAGAGAGCCGCCCAGAGAGCCCCAAGUACCACCCGGAGCAGAACCACCUCCUGAUAGAAGGUCCCUCUGGGACAGUUUCUUUACCUUUCAGUUUGAAAGCGAACAGACCUCCGCUUGAAGUCUUGAAAAAGAUCUUCCCUAACCAAAAGCCAACCGUGCUGGAGUUGAUCCUGAAGGGGUGUGGUGGUGAUCUGGUGAGUGCUGUAGAGGUUCUCCUGUCCAGUCGGUCUUCAGUGGCCAGUGGGGAGAGAACUACUGCAGAGUCUGAUGGUCUUGUCUUGCCUUCCAAUGGGCACAUUUUUGAGCACACACUGAGUUCAUACCCUAUUUCCUCUUCCAAGUGGUCUGUGGGCUCAGCAUUUAGGGUUCCAGAUACACUGAGGUUCUCUGCUGAUUCCAGUAAUGUCAUGCCAAACCCUCUAGCCGUACCUUUGCAACACCCCUUCCCUCAGCCACCACGCUACCCGCUGAUGCUGAGGAACACUUUGGCAAGAAACCAAUCAAGCCCUUUCCUGCCCAAUGAUGUUACCCUGUGGAACACCAUGACACUGCAACAGCAGUACCAGCUGCGGUCCCAGUACGUCAGUCCUUUCUCUAGCAACUCUGCCAGUGUUUUCCGAAGCUCGCCUGUCCUUCCUUCCCGCUCUUCAGAAGAUCCUAGGAUCUCAAUCCCAGAUGACGGGUGUCCUAUUGUGUCUAAGCAACCGAUAUACACAGAAGAUGAGUAUGAUGAAAGGUCUGAUUCUUCAGACUCAAGAAUACUCAACACAUCUUCUUAG